AUGAGGUUAAUUCCAAUUUUAUUAAUAACAUUUUUAUGUUCCUUAAUCAAUGCUGAGACUCAUACUUGGUGGUUUGAAACCGGUUGGGUAAAUGCUAACCCUGAUGGUGUCUUUGAAAGACCAAUGAUUGGUUUUAAUGGAUCUUGGCCAUUACCAACUCUUAGAGUUAAAAAAGGUGAUAGAGUUCAAUUAUAUUUAAUCAAUGGUUUCGAUGACAGAAACACUACCUUACAUUUCCAUGGUAUGUUCCAAAAGGGUUCCAAUCAAAUGGAUGGUCCUGAACGUAUUACUCAAUGUCCUAUUCCUGCUGGUCAAACUUACUUAUAUAAUUUCACUGUUGAAGAUCAAGUUGGUACUUAUUGGUAUCAUUCCCAUACCAGUGGUCAAUAUGGUGAUGGUAUGAGAGGUGUUUUCAUUAUUGAAGAUGAUGACUUCCCAUAUGAAUAUGAUGAAGAAGUUGUCUUGACUCUUGGUGAUCAUUAUCAUGAAUUAUCUGAUCAAUUAAAUGAAAAGUUUUUAAGUAGAUUUAAUCCAACUGGUGCUGAACCAAUUCCUUCGAAUAUUUUAUUCAAUGAAACAAGAAACAGCUCUUGGAACGUUGAACCAAACAAGACUUAUUUACUUAGAAUUAUUAACACUGGUAGAUUUGUUUCUCAAUAUAUUUGGAUGGAAGAUCAUGAUUUCACCGUUGUUGAAGUUGAUGGUGUUUAUGUUGAAAAGAACACCACUGAUAUGCUUUAUAUCACAGUUGCUCAACGUUAUUCCGUUUUAAUCCAAACCAAGAAUGAAACCGACAAGAAUUAUGCUUUCAUGAAUAGAGUUGAUGUCAAUAUGUUGGAUUUUAUUCCAAAAGACUUGCAAUUAAACGGUACAAACUACAUUGUUUAUAAUGAUCAAGCUGCUUUACCAGAUGCUUUUGAUGUUGAUUCCUUAGAUGUUUUCUUGGAUGAUUUCUACUUAAGACCAUUAAACAAUGACACCUUAUUACCAGAUGCUGAUUACACUGUUACUAUCGAUGUUCAAAUGGAUAACUUAGGUAAUGGUGUCAACUAUGCUUUCUUCAACAAUAUUACUUUCACUUUCCCUAAAGUUCCAACUUUAUUAACCGCUCUUUCAGCUGGUGAAGAUGCUACUAAUGAAUUAGUCUAUGGUACCAACACCAACUCAUUCGUUUUACAAGGUGGUGAAGUCAUCGAUAUCGUUUUAAACAAUAUUGAUACCGGUACCCAUCCAUUCCAUUUACAUGGUCACGUUUUCCAAGUGAUUGAAAGACAUCAAGAAAUUCCAGAUGAUGAAGCUCCGGUUGCUUUUAAUCCUCAAGAUCAUGCUGAAUGGCCAGAAUACCCAAUGGCAAGAGAUACCGUUUACGUUAGACCACAAUCCUAUAUGGUUUUGAGAUUCAGAGCCGACAAUCCAGGUGUUUGGUUCUUCCAUUGUCAUAUUGAAUGGCAUUUAGAUCAAGGUUUAGCUAUCCAAUUUAUUGAAGAUCCUAUGGGUAUUCAAAGUGAUCCUUCUCAACAACUUAACGACAACCACAAACAGAUUUGUGAAGCUGGUGGUGUUCCAUGGGAAGGUAACGCUGCUGGUAACAAUAAGGAUUUCCUUGAUUUGACUGGUCAAAACGUUCAAGAAAAGAGUUUACCUACUGGAUUCACUGCUAGAGGUAUUGUUGCUCUUGUUUUCUCUUGUAUUGCUGGUAUUUUGGGUAUUACUGUUAUUUCCUUCUAUGGUAUGGCUGAUAUCAAGGAUGUCGAAGAAAAGGUUGCUAGAGACUUGGAUGUUGAUAUGAGUGAUGAAGAUAGUGAAGUUGUUAGUGAAGAAGUUAUUGAAACUGUUUCUUCUUCUUCGGGUGGUCAUUCAAAAUAA